AAAACGAGCGAGAAAAAACGGCUCCCUCCGUCCGGUAAGGUCGGAACUCGGAGAGUCGGAGGCGCUCGCUUGGCCUGCGAGCCGUUUCUGCUCCGCCUCCUUUGCCUUCGCAAGCCUGCGCUCAAAUCACGAGAUGAGAUAGCCGGUGAACGAUCGGAGCCCCCAUGGCGCCAUCCGCAGCCCCCUCCUCCUCCUCCGCACGGCUCCUCCUCGCCUCGCCCCAGUCCCCGCCCACUCUCCUCCGGCUCCGCCGCGGCGGUCGCCGCACCGUGGGGCUGCCGCGCCGAGGCGGCGGCGGGUGCGCGCGCCUGCAGCUUGUUCGACGCGGCGCGGCGGACGAGGAGGCCGGGGCCGCUGCGCGGGGUCAGCAGGCGGUGGAGGACCCGGUGCCCGGCCGCGACCUCGUCACGCUCGCCGCCUGCCUCGUCGGCCUCCUCACUGGAGUCUCCGUCGUGCUCUUCAACCUCUCGGUUCAUGAAAUACGUGACAUAUUUUGGGAUGGCAUUCCCUUGCGAGGGGCUUCGUGGCUGAGGGAAGAGCCGAUCGGUGAAGUCUGGCAGAGAGUGAUAUUUGUUCCAGUCAGUGGUGGUGUUGUAGUAGGAGGAUUGAACGCAUUAAGAAGUUCUAUCAAAACCAACUCAAAUGGCCAUGUGUCCAAGAUACAGAGUGCAGUUAGACCAUUCUUGAAAGCUGUGGCAGCAUCUUUCACACUUGGAACUGGCAAUUCAUUGGGUCCUGAGGGCCCCAGUGUGGAGAUUGGUUCUUCGAUAGCCAAAGGAUUUGGAAAUGUGUUUGACUGGGAGGGUGGGAAAAGGCUGUCUCUUGUGGCAGCUGGAUCAGCUGCUGGAAUUUCGUCAGGUUUUAAUGCUGCUGUUGCUGGGUGCUUUUUCGCGGUGGAAUCUGUUUUGUGGCCUUCUUCUACGGAUUCCUCAUCCCUUGCCAACUCGACACCUAUGGUGAUACUCAGUUCAGUGAUAGCAUCUGUUGUUUCAGAGAUUGGUCUAGGUUCCGAUCCUGCUUUCACUGUCCCAGAAUAUGAUUUUCGCUCCCCAACAGAACUUCCCCUAUAUCUUUUGCUGGGUGUCUUCUGUGGAUUGGUGUCAAUCACAUUAUCAAAAUGUACAUCACUUGCUAUGGAGACAGUUGAGAGAUUACAAAUGGCAACAGGAUUACCAAAGGCUGCAUCGCCUGCACUAGGUGGCCUUAUUGUUGGUCUUCUAGCACUUAUGUACCCUGAAGUAUUGUACUGGGGCUUUGAAAAUGUUGAUAUCUUGCUGGAAUCACGACCAUUUACAAGCGGCCUCUCUGCGACUAUAUUGGUUCAGCUCAUUGGAGUCAAAAUAUUAGCAACAUCUAUAUGCAGGGCUUCUGGAUUGGUUGGUGGUUACUAUGCACCAUCUCUUUUUAUUGGUGCAGCUACAGGGAUGGCAUAUGGCAAGUUCAUGAGAUUCACAUUUACCUGUCCUGAACCACUCUUGCAUGUCCCAUUCCUAGAUGUGGCAUCACCUCAAGCAUAUGGCCUGGUAGGUAUGGCAGCUACCCUUGCUGGUGUAUGCAAGGUGCCUCUGACAUCAGUCCUCCUACUUUUUGAGCUUACACAUGAUUAUCGCAUAGUUCUACCUCUGCUUGGGGCUGUUGGGGUAUCAUCUUGGAUUGCUUCUCCUCAAAGGUUCUCUAAAAGCAUCAGGAGUAAGCUGGAUUCUCUGGAGGAGAAAUCAAGUAUUGCUCAACAGACAGACAGCAUGCCCACUGAAAACAAACAAGUCAAUUCCAUGGAUAUAGCUGAUUCAUCUCAAGAAUUAUGUAAAGUUGAAAGCUCCCUUUGUGUAUAUGAUGCAAACAAUGAUAAUAUGUUCGAGAAUCUUACUGUUGCAGAGGCCAUGAAAACUAACUAUUUUUCUGUCUCAAUGACAACCCCGUUAGUUGAGGCACUAGAUCUUAUGGUUGCAGAGAAGCAGCCCUUUGUUAUGGUAACUGAGAGUAACUCAUCUGUAAUAUGCUUGCUAGCACUAAAAAAUAUCCAAGAUUUCUGCAGAGCUGCAAAAACUACAAGGGCACAAGCUGAGGUAAAGGAAUUCCUGGUAUGUCAUGUUUACCAAGCAGGGAAGUGUAAAUCAUGCUCUGUGACUCCUCAGAUGCCACUUACUGCUGCAGAGAAGAUUAUGGAUUCUCAUGGUGUGGAUCACCUUCCUGUAGUCUCUGAACAUGCUAAUCUUCAGGACAGUGGACUUUUGAUAGGUUUUGUAGACAGAGAAUGCAUCGCCAUUGCUCGAAGAGCCAUGGCAGUGAAAGAAUUUUUCAUUUCUACAUAUGAGAUCAGAAAGGAAGAGAGACCUAGCACGGAAGGGAGAUGACACAAUUCAGGAAGACUUGUUACUUUGCAAGCUGUAUGAUAUUUUUUAGCUUGGAUAAUGGCUGGUGAAGCAAGCAAACCUGGCCUGAGUUCAUGUGGCAUCUAUUCUAUAACUGGUGAAGACUCAAGAGCUAAGGCUUUAUCACGUUGGUUUGCUAACUUCAGAGUGUGAUUCAGAUGUGUGGUUAAGGAGGGCCUCUAUUUUUCUGAAAGCAUCUCCCUUACCACCUUCUGUGUGUGCAGACAUGAGUUUUUGUCACACGUGUGCUGCAAAUUCCCGAUCAUUGUAUCUUUGCAAUUGAUAAAUUUGAACAAUGAGAUGCUGGGAAGUGGAAAGAUUAGCAACAAGGUUAGGCUUUGUUACAUUUCUAUUCUUCUUUCCACUUUUUGAAUAAGAACAUAAAUCAGAAAUACUGGAGAGGUUGAAAAGCAUUCACGUUCUUGAUUUGCUGUCUA